AUAAUAUAUUUUAUGAACAAAACUGAAUCACAACUUUCAAGCAAGUUUGAAACUGUUUGUACGUUAAAAAUAUUAAGUAAUCACAUGGGUGAAUUUGUGAUGCUUUUGAGGUGAUCAUGCCUUUUUAAAAAAUCCAGUUUGCUCAACUUUUUUGUCAAGAGAGAUAAAAGAUACACAUUUGUAGCCAAACUCAAGUGCAGCUACAUAUCUAAAAACAUGACAUAUAUUAUGAAACUAUUUUCAAACUUAUAUUACUGAGUCCUAGAUUGAAUCAUUGAAUAAAACUUGUUUGGAAACAAUGGAGAACACAGUAGUGAUGCUGCAAUCCUUGGUAGAUGCCGAAGACAUGAGGCCUUUUCCUGACUCAUAUCCGAUGCAUCCCUCCCAUAAAAACACUGAAGACAUCUUUCCCUUUCUAGUCCGAGUGAAGACAAGAGAUCUGAGGAGUUCUUGCAUCAAUCCUGCUAUCUCUAGUGAGGAAGUGGAGGAAGCUGAGGAUGAGAAUUGUGUUGAGGAAGAUGAGCUGGAAUGCAUUGCAAUGGAAGAAAAAACUCACAAUUGCCCUCAGGAUGACAAAUCUAACAAGAGACAAAUACAGUUGGGAUCAGAGAAUGAACAAUUGGAGCAAGAAAAUUCUCCAUUGGAGAUCCCUCCAUCUACUUCAUGUUUAACUAAUAAAUUAUCUGUGUUUGAUGAUAACUUGAUAGAAGUUGCAAGUGGUGCAAGGCAAAUUGUGCAGCACAUGCAAUGUGGGUCUGUAGAAACAUCUCACAACCACAGCAACUUGUAUGAUGAAGAUGACACAAGUAUCAUUGGCGUGUCAGCUGAAGCUCUCCCAGUAAUGGCACAUCCAAAAGUAAGCAAAGGACAGCUUCUGAAGAACACCAAGAAGGUCAGAAAUUGCAGGUCUCCAAGAGUAUAUGAUUCUGGAAAAGAUGCACGUCCAAGGAAAGUUGGUGCCAGAACUGAAUUUAAGUGUAGGUUUUGUGUCUAUACAUGCCUGAGGAAAGAUGCUUUAACUGCUCAUCUCUUUUCUAUCCACCAAUACGGUGGUGGAUUGAAAUGCAAAUUUUGUGAUUAUGUUACUACCAAUAGCAAUCAUCUGAAAAGCCAUCGUUUUUCUAAACAUGAUAUUGGGAAGACACUCCAGUGUGAUCUUUGUUCAUAUGCUUGCCCAUUGAUGAGCCUUUUGAAAGCUCAUAUGUUUGCUAAGCAUGCUGUGGGAAAAGGGUUCAAUUGCAAAUUGUGUACCUAUACAUCAUAUAGACAGAGCGAUUUGAUUGCCCACCAGUUUCAUAGACAUGGUAUUGACAAUAAUGCAUUUCAGUGUGAAUCCUGUGACUUUACUUGUCCUCGAAAGAGCAUUUUAAAUGCUCAUAUGCUUUCUAAACAUAAUGUGGGAAAAUUCUUUAUUUGUGAUCUGUGUGAUAUUAAAUAUAAGACUAAAAUCAAUUAUGAGGCUCAUCAGUUUACUAAGCAUGGUGUAGGUAGUGGUUUUCAGUGCUCUAUAUGUAAUUAUUCAUGUGGAAGAAAAGAAAAGUUGGAACUUCACCAGUUUUCUGAACAUAACAUUGGCAAUGGUUUUCAUUGUGAACGUUGCACUUACUCAUGUUUAAAAAGUAAUCAGUUGAGCGCUCACCAGCUUUCUAAACAUGGUCUGGGCCGUUUUAAGUGACUAAAUCAACUUUAUUUAGUCACUUGACUCACUACAGAGUACUUAAAUACUCUGUAGCUAGUCAGUGGUGGUAGUGCACUGUAGCAUUUCAGUGGUGUAGUACAUUGAAUAAUAUUUAGUUGACUUAUACUGUUAAGCAUUUCAUUGAACCUGUUACUGUAAUUGAUUUUAGUUUCAUUUGUAAAAACUCAACAUUCAUUGUGCAACCAGUAAAUAGAAUUGGA